AUGUACAUGAAGGCCAAGUAUGACAAGAUGUGGUGGAAGAGGCCACAGGGCGAUGGCGGCGGUGAUGACCACAGCAACAAGGGCAACAACAAUGACAACAACAACAACAACAACAAUGACAAUGACAACAACAGAUCCUCUCCUCCAGUCUUCAUCACUGGCCCAAUCUUGCACACACAAUUGGUGAAGCUGCCCUCAGGUGGCCUCCUCAAGCAGUUCAAGAUCCUUCACCAGCACACAAGUGACCCAGAGUGGAUCCCCUACAUGGACCUGGUGCUUCCCUACUCCAAGGCCUUCCUCCACUUCAAGCAGGAGCAGGACAGGCAGAGGAUAACCAACUUUCAUCAGCGUCAGCAUCUGGCCCAGGCUGAGGAAGACACUGAGGAUGGUGAUCCUGAGGAGGCAGUGGAGAGGAGAGACAAGCACAAGAAAAGGGCCAAAGCGAAACAAGAGCUGGACAGCUUCCCCAGCCAGCAGUACAACCCAGAGGAGCAGAAAGAGGAUGAAGCUGACAACAAUGACCACAACCACAAUGGCAGAAAAGAUGCCAACCAUGAGAACAAAGCGCUCCUGCAGCAGCAGGUGAUAAAAAAGUAUCAAAAUCACAAGAAGUUCAAGGACAUCAUCAACCUUCCCUGCAGGGUGGUGCCCUGGGCUCAUGUGGUGCACCUCAGCCCAAUGGACCGCCAGCUCGUCUACUUGAAGCUUGCAUGGAUGGAUAAUGCCAACACCAAUGAGGGCUUCACAGUGGAGAGCUCAGAAUUUGAGCACUUCCUCAGCACCAUCAAGACAAUCUUCAUGCAGCCAGUCUUCCACAGCAAUCCUGAAGAUCUCACAUUGAAUCUCAACUGGCAGACAAUCUGCCAAUACCUUGUACAGGAAAUAUCUACAAAAAAAAAAACACACACACACACACACACAUGCGUCCAGCUAUGUUAG